AUGAAAAAGAAGUUGAAAGAGACAGAAAUUAGAACUGCGUCUGCGUAUACGAGGCUGGUAAACGAAUCGUCGUACACCAAAGAUUUUGCAUUGCUAACAACAGCCACUUUAAUGAAACUCGUCGGUCUCUGGCUGGCAAAAAACGCAAAGGAACAACGUACGCGUCGGCUAACUUUUAUCUACACAUCGAUUGCAAUUCUAAUUGGCGUGUGGCUACAGUUCAGGGACUUUUACUACAUGUGGCCAGACUUCAACGAGUGUGCCUACACGGCUUGUAAUAUUUUAUGCAUGGUUAUGGUAUUGCUGAAACUGUCCAUCAUAUUUAUACACAGGAAAGAGUUACUCGAACUGCUCGAAUACACGCACGAGAAUUUUUGGCAUACGAAUUACAAUUACGAUGAGCUAUUAUUAUUACAAAGUUGUAGAAAGAUUUCGGUUGUAUGCCUCUCUUUAAUCAAUUUUUGUGCACAAGGCACGGCUUUCAGCUACGUAUUAACGCCCAUUAUAGAAAAUAUUGGAAAGAAUUAUUCAGAGAGAGUUUUUCCAUUUAGAGUGUGGCUUGAUCUACCGCUAACUGAACCACCAUACUUUGAAAUGGUAUUCACACUUCAGGUUUUCUCUUUGUGCCACAUUACUAUAUCUUACGUUUGCUUCGACAACCUUUUGUGUCUAAUGAAUCUGCACGCGGCCACUCAGUUUCGUAUAUUACAAUAUCGAUUAACAAACUUGGGUCAAUCGGGCAAACAGCAAUCUAACAAGAAUUAUUUCAAAAAUUGUUACGCAGUGUUUAAGCAGUGUAUUGAAGAGCAUAAGAAUCGAAUUAACUAUUGUCAAAAACUGAACUAUAUAUUCACAAAUAUUGUGCUUGGGCACGUGCUGGUCUUCAGUUUACUAAUGUGUCUAGUUGGUUUUCAGGUACUUAUGGCAAAUUCAUCCUCUACGAGGCGAAUGAUUUUCGUGUUUCACAUAACGGGCAGUUUGAGCCAACUAUUGUUGUUCACGUAUAGCUGCGAUGCUCUGAUAGAGGAGAGCACGAACGUUGGAACAGCUAUAUAUUCUGGGCCCUGGAUACAUCUACCAAUGGACAGGGUCGGCAAAAUGUUACGAAAGGAUCUAAGAAUGAUGAUCAUGAGGUCGAGAAAGCCUUGUUGUUUAACUGCCAGCGGAUUCUUUCCUGUUUCUCUGGAAACUUAUACCAAGGUGCUUAGUACCGCGAUGUCGUACUUUACAUUAAUGAGACAAUCCUAUAUUGAUUAA